GAAGUUGUCUUCCCAUUUUCUAUUUCCAGUUGUCGAAAUGGCUAAGAUUGCCCUCGGAUUGACGCCCGGCCAGUCGAGCACCAGUGGAACAUCCAGCCUAUCCGCGAGCCUGGAGUCAUCUUCCUCGGUCGGUGGCAUACCUUCGGCUGCCAAGCGAGGUCGCUUACUAAUCCGCCAACAGCGGAUAAAGAAAGAAAGCGAUUCAUCUUCGUCCGGCCAGCAGUACGGCUCCGAUCUGGACACCCCGGACGGAACGACCAUGUACUCACAAAACCUGCUGACGGUUCCGACGCACCAUCGCUUCGAGAGGCAGGUUUCCGAACCGAUUAUCCCGACAUCUCCCGCCGUAUCGUCUCCGCCGGAAGCCCGGAACGCAGGCGCCGAUCGGUCGCAUAGUGGACACCAUCUGGCCGUCUCCCAGCAACCAUACCUUGUGAAACAGCACUCCCACCCAUUGCUGCCUAGCCAAACCUCGAGCUCCCUGGCACCCCAUCAGGCGUUCCAGACCAUCUCGUCAUACUCUCUGCAACGUCAGCUCUCUCACCCAAUGACCACCACACAAAGCUCAACUCCGCUAACGCUGGUCACCAGCAGUAUUGGCUCGACCCACUAUCUGACGCCGUCCUCCUCUCUGAAAACCGACUCGGACGAAGAACCGUCGACACCCGCGUCUACAAUACCGCAGAUCCAUCUACAUACUGAUCGCACAUCGAGUCCGACCGUUGUUCUGGUUCCCGAUUUGGAAUCCCUGCAGCAACAGCAACCCCAUUUAUCCGGUAGUACAGUAGGUAGCACUGGUGGAGCUAGUACCACAACGAUUACCACCAGUAGUACUUCCGGUACUAGCACCACCAGCUCAACCACUGCUGCACUACUAGCCGACCUGAGUUCAACGACACCGAGUUCGAUCCGAGUGAAAGGCGAAGAGCUGUCCCGAUCCGCUUCGUCCCCUUUGACGAGUAGCCGAUCGGCGGAAAUCCCUGGCUUGGACAGCCAGCGGUCCAGCCACUGCCCGGUGGUACGGGAGGGCCCUGCGUUGGGAUGCAACUUCUGCUGGAACACCAUCGAUGCCCAUGGGCGAAUUCUGCGGCGGAAAACUAAAUACCACUGUCCCGAGUGCCAGACCAACCUGUGCAUCGUGCCGUGCUUCCAGGAGUACCACGAACGACAGUCGGCGGAAAAUCCCGCCCCUACGGGGAAUGAUAGUGGUGGUGGCGGCGGAGGUGGAAGCAGUGGGAGUGGAACAAGCGGUAAAUCCGGCCUGCGGAACUAUCCCAAGUCAGGUUCGAUGUAAGCGAGGGGCGAUUAUUGACGCUUUUCUUUUUAUGUGUUUGGGGUCAAGGUGGGGACUGUACACGAGGAGGGGUGUCCUCACAGCUUUUUAGGGACAUCCCUAUCUGGUGCAGUAAUGUGUCAUUUUCUUCGUUGUUCAUAGUUGUUUAUAGGAGGGCAAGAAAUGAACACUCACACAAACACUGACUACAAUAGAAAGUAAUGAAAUUUUGAACGCACCUUCGGCUCGGAUCGCUCCCCCGAUCACGAUCGUCUACUCAGAUUUACUCGAACGUUAUUGGAAUGCUGAUUGAAAACAAAGACGUAAUCCUAAGUCAGCACUCAUGGUAUGGUUUCUUCGUUACAAGAGACCGAGACACCGCCGUAAUCUGUUGGCCAUACUGCUGUUAAGUCUAGUAGGCACCAGGUGACAGUGCUGUACAAAAGUUAUGCAAGUGACUAUUAAUUACCAAAGUAACCAGAAGUUCUGAUAAGAUGGUUGCGGAUUGUUAUAUGUUGCUUUGUAGCCUUUCAAAGUAAAUCCAUGAGUAGUUAUCUGAACUUAAAAGUUCACAUUAUGAGUUUGAAUAGUGUACUAAGCUGUUUCUGACGAAACAUGUAGAAACAAAACAACAUUUUCAACUACAUUUUAACAACUGUUUUGAACUUACUCCGCAUUACUAGAUAACUUCAAAUUUGCCUUCCAUUAUUUAUUUUUUUCUAAAGUGAGCCAUUGAAAUGACAAUUUAGAGUUCUUAAGUGAACUUCCAGGGCGCUUGUAAGUUCCGAGUAGCAUCUAAACCAGCUUUCGAGCUUGACAUUUGUAGGAACUUCUGUGCAAAGUUCUAAUCAAGUUCAACGUAUCCCUCUUAAGCAGCUUGAAAUCUGUUUAAGAUGCUCUUCUGAACUUUAUGUAGGCUAAAGUUACUGAUCAGCACACUUUAACCUCUUAAGCAACCAGGAAGUUCCGUUCAGAAUUUUUUCUCACAUUUUUAACACUUGAAAGUUUUUUUUUGUGGAAUGGGAAUUAUGGUUAGUUGGGUAAAUCAGAUUGUUUUUGAUUGAAAGGUUUUCGAAUUCGAUGGAAGUUUUUCAAUGAAAGAUAUUCCUGGCCUGAUAGAAAACCCGAAAUGUAAACAAAUACAAGCUUCAAAUGUGAACGGUAAUGCAUUGUCGGCAAUGACAGCUCCGCAGUAAUGUCGUCCUGAAUCUGCCGGAAGGCGAUGGUGAUCGUAAUCCUGUUUCGUUUGUCGGUGGAGUGACCGUCCGGAGGGGUUUUAGUCACACGUAUAUUUGUAUAAGUCCUCCCAGGAUGUAGAGUGGACACUUUGGCCGUGAUUAAUCAGAUUCGUUCAGCAGCUAGAUGGGAGGCAAAUAAACAAACAAACUUUUUGAAACGGUACGCGACCGAACCACAUUUUGAAUCUAGACAGAACAAAGAAGAAAACAGAUGAAGCCUUAAAACCGCGAUCACUGCUUUUUGGUGAGAAAACGAAAUCGAAGUCAUGUUUUAUUGGGAACUGCUGUAAAUGAGUGUAGGUAGGAUUAUACUGAUUGUAGUAGAGUUUUAAGACACACGCUGUGGAGUUUUGAGGGUGUUAGAGCAUUUUUUUGGAAAUAGGAAUUCUGCUUCUCAGUUUCUCAUUGUGAAGAAAAAUUAUACCUAACAAAUUAAUUGUGUUGUAUUCUCUGCUUCAAUAUGAGCAAUCGUUGUUGUUUACAUCACUACUCUUACUGUUUUGACCUCGGUUAUUUAACACUUAUAUGUUUUUCAGAACUAGGGCCGCAGAUCCAUUAGUGAUUUUUCUUUUAUUCCAUUUCAUGUUUUUUUUUGAUAAGGGCGAAUUUAAAAUGAUAAACUUUUCUAAUCAAACUUUCCGAAGACAUUUCAAAAUGAACUUUGAUGGGAUACAUAUAAGUAGAGAUUUGUUUGACAAUUCUUAUUAUCAAAGAAUACAUUCUUUGCAAAUUCAAAAUUGGAUUCCAAAAUGUUUUACUUUAAAAUAACCUUUAACUUUAAAAUUCGCAAAGCGUGAACUUCAAAGCUGCUUUGAACGCUUACAAGUUGAACAUGAGCCUCCCCUUCCGGAAAACAGGUAAUUGAUGAUAAGUCCGAUAUAUCCAACCCAACAAGAACCGCCGCAGUCGUACGAGUAAGAACCGUUUACGAUCGAUCCCACAGCAAACACCCAAGGAGAAACUUUUCAUUAUAAUUCACAAGUCAUCACCAACAGUGGCGCCAAGUCCUGGUUCAAAUCCACGGCUCAAUUCUACGAGGUGCCCAAAACAAGGGUUUUCAAAAAACUGGAAGAUGAGAAAAAGUUUCAGCAGCAGUAUCUGGAUCAGAAGUACAGUUUAAUAUUGGAGUUUGACAGCGAAUUCAGCAGUGAAGUACUGGACGGAAGUGAGUUGGAGAGGAUUGAGGACUGAAUUUUUUCAACGGGACAUCGUAUUGUGCGGCAAAAUUGGACUCUGAAGUUCAUGCAAGGGUUAAAGAAUAAAUCUCGCGCUCAGUAUCAUACGGGCGUAUCUACAAUGAUCGAUUUCUCUCCAUCGAUUUUCUCUUCGGCUAAUAACUUGGCCUGCAAAUCAGUUUUGAUUGUUUUUGUUGUUUUAGAUGCUAGUCCUAGCCGUCCUUCACCGAAAUACACCGAGAGAUCAUCCGAAUAUUGAUCGUAUUUUCCGGAAUAAUCCGAAGAGAAAAUCGAUGAAGAGAAAUCGAUCAUUGUAGAUACGCCUGUAUGAUACUAAACGCGAGAAAUAGACAGUACAACACAAAUCUGCUCAAGUGCUCACGAUACACAUCACUCGAAGGAUGGAUCAGCAAUAUACGCAAGCCUUCAAUGUUGACGAACUUCAACGUGUAGUAGCAAAAAAUAUCUGACAGCGCUUGUAACUGGCAACCUGAACGACAUUGGAACAGUUCCGGUCGGUAUCUCGGAAUACGGUCCUCCAGUUCAUAAUAUUGGGAUAGCGUCUAUUACGAACAACUUACUACCUCAACAAGGCUCAACUCUGAUGCGCCAGACUGUGUUCUACAACAUUUCGACCUGGUAGGACACAAAAUGGUUUUCCUUCCGUGUUUAAUACUUCAUAGCCGGCAUAGCAGUAAUCCUCAAAAUGCUGUAUGGAAGACUAGAAGCUAUAAUCCACAAUUAAAAAGGUUAGAGCCCUACCGAGUUAUAAUACAUAGGGAGAAAUUGGAAACCGUAGUCAAUUUCGUCCUCGGAGUUGACAACCUUGUAGACUUAAUUGCGACUGCCUCCCACAGUCUCACUAACCUUCUAAUAUCCGCCCUACAGAAUCCGGACAAACAGUUCAGGCUUCCAGAUGUACCUACAGAAGGAAACCUGAAAAUUUCCACCGCAUACGUUGCAGGCAUGCGAAUUGCAAGAACGAUAUCCUCAUCUAGCGCGACUACCGUUCGAAUCAAAUGAACUAAGUGGGGCUGCUGCUCAAUCGACACUAAGCGCAUUCAUCAUGUCAACCACCAUUGUGUUGAAACUUGCACCCUUGCACUGCUGCGCAGGAAAUCAAGAUCUUCAUUUGUCAGUGAAGAAAGGAUAUAACGGAUGACCUGUUAUGGAAGUAUGGACAACGUUAGACUACCGGAGUCAAAGCAAAUGGCUUUGAACCGAUGUAAGUGUUUGGAUCGUCGUCUGAUGAAGCACCUCUCUCUAACGGAAAUUUUCAGGCUCAAAAUUGAAGAGUACGUCGCGAAAAGUUAUUAUGGAAAACUUAUUAUGGAAGAGCUUAUAAUUCCAUGAAGUCCAAGAAACCGGGUAGAACAAGGUUAGUAAGGGACGCCAUCGCCACUGUUCAUGGUGUAUCCCUGAACUCCGUUUUAUUACGAGAGUUCAAGAUAGCAUUUGCGCCGAUCGUCGGAAAUGUAUCAUAUGGUACUGAUGCGCGAGGACGACCAACAUUAACAGCGGUUCUUUUUAAAGUAACAAUGACUCAGAUCCUGAACCAAGUAUAUACGUCAUGAAGAUGCAAUCAUUCAGCGUGUACUGUUCGCCCAGUAUCGCAAAACAUAAAUAUUAAAAAUCAUAAUGCUGAACAAUUCAAGAAAGAAAGCCCAGCAGCUGUUGAAGCAAUUACCAACUAUCACUACGUGGACGAUACGCUUAUGAGUGUGGAGAAGGAGAAGAAACCGUGUAUCCGAAUGUUAGAGAGAUCCACAAGAAGAUGAUAGAAUGAAAAGCGUCUGACCAGAUCAGAUGGAAUGCCCUGUUACAGUAGUGCCUAAUAAGGAAUGAUUUAUUGAGGGGAUACAAAUUCAAUGCUUAAGUUAUGUUAACAUCUCCCCUUAAGUGAGUAUUUGAUUACACAUAAUAACUUCUUGCAGCUUGGGUCCAGGUAACGCCUUGGUCAGGAUAUCUGCCGCCUGCAGAUUGGAAGCCACGUGUUCCUCCAGCUUGAUCGACUUCGCCUCAAUUUGCUCUCAAAUGAAGUGGUAUCGCAUGUCGAUAUGCUUCAUCCUCGCCGAGUAUAGUAAAGCCCAUCUCCUUCUCAGCCAGGCAGAUUGAACUCUUGUUGUCGUACUUGAUAAACAGUGACUCGUGGAUGCCAUACAGCUCACGGAUGAACCCUUGCCUUCAGAUGAUCUCUUGAGUGUCAUGUAUCACCCCGAUAAUUCGACAACGACUUUGUCGAAUUACCCGGGUAAACUUUUAAAACCUUGCUCAGUAAAACUUGGUAACUCUAUUUUUGUUUUUGUUUUUAUUUUCGGAUUUGUUAUUGAACAUAAUUUCAACAGAUAUCGUGGUAGUGCAAAUAAAAAGCUCGUUCUUUCUACGAUUGUUGCUUACCUCAGUUUAUUCCGGUUGGUUUCGAUAGAGCAAACGUUGUUUAGGGGUGGGCGGGGCAUAAUGAGCAGGUGGGGCAUAAUGAGCACCUUGUAUUUUCACUGUAAAUCUUCAAAUUUACAAAACAAAUUGCUUAAUUGUAGCUUAAUUAUCUAAAAUCCAAUGAAUUGAUGACGAAACAUUAGUCAAAAAAGCAGUUUACCUUGAAAAGUUAUUCAAAAUGCGUAAAGUGGUCAUGUACCGGAAAAAUAUUAUAAGAAACAGGUGACCUAAAAUAAGGUUUUGGGAAUCGAAAUAACAAUUUUUUUGGGUAUCUAUCAAGUUUCUUGAUAUUCCCUGAGCUAAUGAAAUGUAUUCGUAAAACUUUUCAACUAAUUGUAAAAUUAUUUUGUGGAAAAAUAUGCUUCAAAGAGUUGGUAGUAGGGUGGGGCAAAAUGAGCAACUGGUCAAAAAAUGAUGAAAAUGGUAAACAUCUUCAACCAACGAAUUUUUAUUUUGGUUUUAUUUGUUUUGAUGCAUAUAGUAAGGUUUUGCCAUUAACUUUCAAUUUAUUAGCUUGAAAAUGUCGGUAUCUGUAUAUUAUCACCGUUUAAAAAUUCCUCAAUAGUAGACUCUUUGGAACCCCACAGUUCCCUACAAAUUAAACCCCGUAAUCCCUUCAAAUUCUCAUUGAUUGUUGCCGGUAUGCUUUAUCAUUGACAAGAAUAGUUCAUUAGCAUUUGAUUGUGUCCAAAACUGGGAUUGAUCAUCCUGCCCCACCUAGGGUGCUCAUUUUGCCCCACCCCCAAAACGGAACUCGCAAUUUUAUACGUUUUUAAAAACAUAAAAUUUUACAACAUUUAUAACUUUAUUCGGAAUUUCAACGAUUAGCUUUUAUAAGUUAAGGUUCAAAUGAGGAUUGAACGUUAAAAUUACAUAUUGAUUGCACUUAUUUUACUGGAUUUGGUGGUAAAAUGCUUAAGCUGCUCAUUAUGCCCCGCCUACCCCUACCUACUGGAUCCUGGAGUUCGUUCGUCUUAAGGUAUCGCAAAAUCCUCUUGGUCGCUGUCCAGUGUGGAAGCCCGGAUCACUGCAGAAUGAACUCACCACGCUUACCGCGUGACUGCCCAACACACAUUUUUGCUGUACAAGAGAGGAACAAACCAUUCUUAAGCAAACUUUAGCUUAAGAACUUGUUAUUCAGCUAAUUCUGAUUCUUGGGUGAUGUCUGGCCUCGUGCACUAUGCGAUAAACUGAAGACCUCCAAUGAGUUCGCGAAAUGGAACUUCCUUCACCCUUUAGAGUUUCCCCCUCAUUUUAUGGGCUCAUUGUCUUCUGCAGUCUCUGGUUCGCGUCCAGCGGAGUCGAUACUGGAUUGCAGUCCGUUAUAUUGAAUUUCUUGAGAAAUGAUCCUGAUAACUCACAGCUCCAAAAUCUGCUUGACUUGGCCUAGGUCCUGCAUCUGGAAUUUAUCGCACAACUGCUGCUUCACACAUCGUCAACCAACUCUUGAUGGUAGGAGAACAAAAGAAAGUCGUCAACGUUGCCACCUUCGAUCUAGUAAUACACGCACGUGUCGUAUUUCGAGCGCUUCAGUACCAUCCACUUUAUAGUUUCCGGUCCAGCUUGAUGAGCUACUUGAGGCCGCACAGAGCCUUCUUCAGUCGGCAGACCUUUCUGUGUGCGGCUUCGUUCCGGAACGCCUCCAGUUGCUCCAUGUUUAUCUUCUUACCGUCCAGAUCGCCUUGAAGGCACGCUGUCACAGCGUCCACCUGGUGCACGAUGAGAUACAGCUGCGCGAUGAGAUACGCGUCGUUCGCGCUUCUUUCUCUUCUUCUUUAUGGCUCUAUGUCUCCACUGGGACUUGACCUGUCUCGCUUCAACUUGGUGUUCUUUGAGCACUUCCACAGUCAGGGAUGGGAACACUCACUUACGAAGAGUUACACUCACUUGCUGGGUUCUCAGCUCAGAAGCGUGCAAUCAAGAAACGAUGUAUGAACGACUUUUGCUUUGUGGUGAGUGUAAUUUAUAUUAACCUUGUGGAGAGCUGCCUUCGCAGCUCCCUCACGACUUUAGUAUGCGUGUGCGACCCCUACACAGAAAAAAAUAUUCAUGUAAAAUUCAGCGAGAAAUCAUGCACAUAAAGGGAAUGCUAGAGUUAGUGCAUAUUUACAUGAGAUAUCAUGUAAAAUUACGUUACAAUCGUGUAAAUUUCCGCUAAUAGUCACGUAACCGGUUGGAGUCCAUGAUGGUUUACGCUAUGGUUGGCGGAAAUUUACACGAUGGUAAUGUAAUUUUACAUUAUAUCUCAUGUAAAAGUGCACUAAAUCUAACAUUCCCUUUAUGUGCAUGAUUUCUCGCUGAAUUUUAAUUACAUAUUUUUUUCUGUGUACUCUAUUCGGUAAACAUUUGGGCAAAACCACUAAGCAAAAGUCUUCCAUACAUCGUUUCUUGAUUGCACGCUUCUGAGCUGUGAAAAUUGCAAGUGAAUGUAGCUCUUUCCAAGUGAGUGUUCCCAUUCUUGUCUACAGUUAAUAAUUUGCCUGCCAUUCCAUGAAUUUGUAUAUUGUGAGGCAAGUACAAUGAUACCACCGACGAACUGACGUGGCUAUUGAUCUCAAGGCAUUCGACCAAAACAUAAAACGGUCAAUUUAAAAGCCAGUGAUCACAAAUAUCAAACUGAUAGUGACAUUUGACAAAAUAAAGACGCAAGCAACCACCGUAAGCCUGCUACGUAGUCAAUGGCCCUUUUCUGUUUCUCUUCCAUAUAAGAUUUUCACCUUUCAUUCUUCCGGCAUCCGUGCGAUGUGACCUGCCUAGCAUAGCCUGCCGUGUUUUAUUAGUUUGACAUUACCUAUUCAUUUCUUUAUACAGUUGAUAUAACCCGAAUAUUCUUUGCCGAACUUCACUUUUACAGACACCGUUCUAACAUUUUACUAACAGGAAUAAAAUAACAGCUCAUAUUUUGAAGCAGAGAAUUACAACAGCAAUUGUUACAAAUGUUGCUUUUGGGCCAUUCAAAAUUCGACCAGAACAGACAGAAGCAGAAAGGUUUUAGUUGUCCAGUAUUUUGAACAGUCAAUAUAAAAAAAAACGAACAGCACAGCGAUACUCACGAAACCAUCAAUAAUUGACUUAAUUGUUUCAGUUUGAACUAGGGGGACGCUUUCACACGAUAGCGCAACAUCUACAAACUAAUCGAAUAUAUUGAUAUCAGAGCACUUACUGUUCAUGUUGUUGUUGUAGCCGAACGAGACAAUGUAUCAACUAACUCUAUAGGAAAUAAAUGGAAAGUACCUGACAUUUAGCCGGAUGAAAACAUAACGAGCCACAACCCGCAACGAGACAGUUAGUGGGAGGGAAGCAACUCAGAGCGUGUUAAAUAUUUGGAAGAGUACUGGGAAAACAGAAAGCUAUAGAUAUAUAUUUUUGAAACCCUUUGAAUACCCAGAGCUCAGAAUGAGCACCAAAACGAUGCGAUGGGAGGAACGUAACACACCUUUUUAGCUUUUAAUUUGUCUAGGAUGCUGAAGUGUUAACCGUACCUAGCUGAAAAAAAACGAAACACUAACUUAGAUAACACAUCAAUUAACACGUCCAGAAAAUAGGAAUCGAGCAAACAUUUUCGCAAAUUUGGGAAAUGUGCUUGAGUAGCAUUAAAACUGGUUUCACAUAACCCGAACGGUUAUUGAAUUUACCGGAAUUUGAAUCGCAUUUUGUCCGUUGUACAUCUACGUUUCUUGGUACAACUUAACGAUGUUCUACGGUUUCUUUGGUGGUCGUUUACACGCCCACAAAUCGACGUAGACUUUUGAAAUGGCAAACACACCUGAUUUGCAGAAAGCUUAACUUACCAGUAGAUCAUAGAGACUAGUUAAAUUGAAUGUAUAAAAACUAUUGUAUGGAAAAUGAACUAAUUGUAAAUUUAUGGAGCAAACUAUACGUUUGCAGAAGAUGAAAUAAUGCUACAAAACGAAAUUAUAUAUUACUAAAAUAAAUGGUUUACAUAGACAAAA